GCCUUCGUGGCGCACGUUGAAAGGCUGAGUGAAGGGGGCUCAAAAGAAAUCAAGAUUGUACGCAGGGCUGAACGAAAUCUUAACAAAACUUCUGGACAACUGAGGCGAGAUCUUGGCUUUGUGUUCUACGACUUUACUCACCACAAAAUCAACUCGAAUUGAAACCUAUACUUUCUCCUCAACUUCCUUCAAGAUCCUCUAAACAAAAUGUCCAAUAAUAUUCCUUAUAUCUCUAUCAGCGAUUCAGAUUCAUCACCACCAGAUCAUGAACAACGAGAGUAUUAUCCUCCAUCUCCAUCUCCAACUCGAUUAUCAAGAAUUUUCAACUCAAUCAAUUACAACAGUCCACCACCUUUGGAAAAAAAUCGAAUCUGUACAAAUCGAAUCACACCUAUUAUCUGUUGUUUGACCAUCAUCUUUGUAAUCUUUGUAACUUGGCAAAUCGAUCUUCAUCCAGAGUCGAAACGAGAAGAGGUCAAAACUAGUUUUUCAGGCACCUGGUGUGCUGCAUCACCUAGACUUAAUUAUGAUGGAGGCUGUAAUCCUUUCGAAGAACCUGGGUAUAUCAAUUAUGACUCAAAACAUUAUCUCAAUAAUACAUGGAAAACAUUCAGACCAGAUUGCCAACCGGAAAAUCUUUUCAAACAACUAGUCGAAGAUCUACAGCGUUAUAGUCGUGGUCAUGAUCAUAAAUCUCCUCGCGCACUUCCCUGGCUACAAAACCGUACUAUCGUUCUGAUUGGUGAUUCAAUCGAUAGAUUUCAUCUGAGAGACUUUUGUGAUUUGCUCUCAGCGUCAAUUGAACCACCAUUUCAUCCUGUCUCUGACGUAGGGCGUAGUCCAUCACCAUCAACACCCGAUGCACCAUCUCAAUCUUUUCACGUCGAUCCUAAUUCUAAUCUCACCACACCACCUUACUUUUUUGACUCAGAAGAUCAUUCUAAAACACCAGAUGACUGGCCUAUGGACAAACGAUCUCAAUUUGCUCAGCAGCAAGAGGAAUGGGCCAAGCGGGACAACAUUCGAACAAAACCAUGGGUUUGCGAAGUACCUAUCUAUGGUUUUCGAAUCGUGAGCCUCUUUACGUACGGACUUGAACCAUAUAAAUCUGGAUACUUUUUUUCAAAUGAAGAUUGGUAUUUGCCACCUUCUGGAUUCCUUCAUCGUGUAGACCACAUUCUCUUACCACUUCUUCAAAACUUAGCAAAAGAAAGAAAUGCACCUCAAAUCCUUACACCUGAUUUACUUGAAGUAGGAUCAGGACUUUGGGAUUUGAGACAAUGGACAGAAGAUGAUUCAAGAGCAUUGGGACAUGGGAUUGAUGAUUCAAGUGAAGUUCCUUAUGAAACACUUACUGAAGAUCGAUUAGGUUGGUGGAAAGAAAGAGCUUUUAAAGUUUUAGAAGGCAUCGCUACUCGCUUCCCUCAUUCUUCUCCAAUCCUUUGGCGUACUUUACAUCACCCACUUCGACAUACAUUGGCACCUUAUAGUCGGGUUGAACAACUUGAUCAACUUGCGAGAUAUGUGGUGGGUGAAUUACAACGAAAACCUGGAGCUUUGUCUACUCGAUUACAAAUUGAUAAUUGGGGUCGGAUGAUGUUGGGUCAAGAAAACCAUUUCAGGGAUAUCUUACAUCCUCGUGCAGCACCUGGUAAUGUAUUAUGGGGUGAAAUGAUACUAUGGGAAUUACGAAGAACAGUAAUGUCAAAGGAAAAUGUCAAAGCCAAACCAAGACCACAAAUCAUACAUUGA